AUUAAAAUAUUAUUAGAUAAUUUCGUCUAUUAAUAGACAAUUUCAGUCAAUAAAAGAUAUUACGUGAAAUUAAUUAAUAAUUAAUAAGAAUGUAAAUUAUGUUAUAUAAUUUGAUAAAAUCGUUUUUUAAAUCAUUCAUCAUUUUAUUUGUUCUUAUGGAAUGUUUAUUAUUUUUUCAAUCCGAAAGUCAUUUGAAUAACACCACAUUAAAACCUUAUAAGAAAUCAGUUUCCGUAUCUAAACUUACAAACGUUCAAAAGGAAAAUUUGCAUCAUGAAACACAAACAUCCGCUAUUAUGAAUGAUGAAAAUAAAGAUGAAAAAAAUGAAAAACAAAAUAGAAUGGGUCGUCAAGGACCAAAAAUAUGGGAUCAAUGGGGAAACUGGUCAAGUUGUAGUGUUACUUGUGGUAUAGGCAAACUAACAAGAUGGAGACAUUGCAUAGGGGGAAGUUGUUCAUUAGGUGAAAAGAAAGCACAAUUAAAGACUUGUACUCUUCCAGCAUGUUAAUGGCUAGAUUUGUAAAAUAUUAAAAUUAGUAAAAUAUAUAAAAUUCAAAAAA